AGCGGCACUGGAAAAGGAAAAAAAUAAACAAAAGAGAAAGACAAGUACGAAGAUCAUCACUUCAACGACCCUCAGCGAGCCAUGAGCAGCGACCCCAACGGCAACCGGUGGUCUUCCUCCGAGAAGAACUUCGGUAAGACGCUCAUGAAGAAGUCGGGCUGGACGGAGGGCACCGGUCUCGGUAAGGAGCAGGUCGGCGUCGUCAGCCACGUCAAGGUGACGCGGAAGGAUGAUGUGAUGGGUCUCGGCUACCAGGCCGGCGUGCAUGACACCUGGACGACCCAAUCGGUGGGCUUUGCGGAUGUGCUGACGCGCAUUAAAGCCUCCACCGCAGCCAUCGUGAGCGGCUCCGACGACGAUACGAGCGAUGAUGUGUCGGUCGGGUCACCGGUCUCCUCUUCACCGACCUCGACGGGCGAGGCGAAGAAGAUCGGCGUCAGUCGCCAUUAUAAGAUGUACGCGAAGCGCAACGCGUUGAAGACGGAGUUGCUGCGCGGUGCCGGCAGCGCGGAGGGCGAGUCGAAGCGGCGGGAGAUUUUGGGCAGCGCCGCGUCGAAGCACCGCCGCGAGGACGGCGAUGGCGAGCAUGGCGGUCACACGCACAAGCAGUCUCGUGCGGAGUCGGCCGCCUCCUCCUUGAAGUCGCCGCUGCUGUCUCGCCUGAUGGCGCGCAAUGUGCAGGAGGAGCCGAAGCCGUCUACGGACGAUGCGACGGCGGAGGAGCGCAUCACCAUCACGAAGCCGCACCCCCGCCCACCCAAGUGCACCGACACACCGUUUUUGGCGUAA